AUGACCUCUGACCUCAACCUGAGCUCUCUGUUGAAUGUGAGCGAGCUGCACAAUCACACGCGAGGAUGCUCACUCACCAAGACGGGCUUCCAGUUCUACUACCUGCCCACAGUCUACAUCAUGGUGUUCAUCACAGGCCUGGUGGGCAACAGCUUAGCCAUCUGGAUGUUUGUGUGCCAUAUGAGGCCAUGGAGCAGCAUCUCCGUGUACAUGUUCAACCUGGCACUGGCUGACUUUUGCUACGUCCUCUCACUGCCCUUCCUAAUCUUUUACUAUUUCAACAAAACCGAUUGGAUCUUUGGUGAUGUGCUGUGCCGGCUGCAGCGCUUUAUCUUCCACGUCAACCUGUACGGCAGCAUCCUCUUCCUCACUUGCAUCAGCGUGCACCGCUACACGGGCGUAGUGCACCCGCUAAAGUCCUUGGGCCGACUCAAGAAGAAGAAUGCUGUCAUCACUAGCGCACUAGUGUGGGCUGUGGUGGUCCUUGCAAUUUCGCCCAUCCUCUACUACUCUCGGACGGGCUCAAAGCGCAACGCCACUACUUGCUACGACACCACCACUGAGGAUGAGCUUCCCGGUUACUUCAUCUACAGCAUGACCUUGACCGUCUUCGGCUUUUGCAUCCCAUUCAUUAUCAUCUUCUGUUGCUAUGGCAUGAUUGUCAAAGCCUUAAUUUACAAUGACAUGAACAAUGCACCCCUACGGCAGAAAUCCAUCCACCUGGUCAUCAUUGUACUGGCCGUCUUCGCUGUCUCCUACCUACCUUUCCACGUUAUGAAAAACCUGAACAUGCGGGCCCGGCUGUACUUCCAGAGCCCAGCCAUGUGUGACUUUAAUAACCGCGUCUACGCCACUUACCAGGUGACUCGCGGCCUGGCCAGCCUAAACAGCUGCGUGGACCCUAUCCUCUACUUCCUGGCCGGUGAUACGUUCAGGAGGAAACUGUCACGGGCCACCAGGAAGCCUUCCAAGAAGGGGGACAACGUGUUGCAGUCUAAGAGCGACGAGACUGCGCUCAACAGCCUGGCAGAGUAUGUGGAGAACGGAGAGCGGCGGAUGUGA